AUGAUGAAACGACUAGAAGAACUGGAGCAGCAAGAGCUACGAAAUGGGGAACUCAACAGUGACGCCGAUGACGACGAUACCGACCAUAAGAACAAUUUACCCAACGAUUUAGACGUCUCUAAAGAAAAAGUAUACGCAAAAGAAUCGCCCUCGAAUCUGCUACCUGAUAUAUCUGAGAAGGCUUCACUUCCUUCGGAAUCCACUGCUAUCGCGUCAACAGGCAAACCGGCUGAAAAGGAGAAAAUGAUUUAUGAAGCUAAAGUGAUCGAUAGAACAGUAGAAGAAGAUGGCCUCUCUGUGGGUGUGUUCCGUGGUGAAGAUCUUAUCAAAGCGUUAGCAGAGCAAAGUCAGGAUUACGUUGAAGAAGGACAAGCUAGUCAGCCACCCCGUGGAGUAGACCCAAAGGACUUCCAGAAGCUCCUCAAAGUGGUUGAUGAGAUCAACAGUGACGACACCAAUAGUGAUCGUAUUUCUGAAGAAGGCGGGGUCGAAGGGGAUGUCGAGGGAGAUAACUGUGUAGAAGAAGAAGCUGAGAGAUCCGAGUUGGAUUCGGACGAUCUAAGUCAACCAGAAACGGAGAAUGGACGGACAAACUUCAAACCCGUAACGAUUGGUAGAUUUGUCGCACAGAAUUUGGGACCCAAUGCUGUACCAACAGCCUCCAGCUCAUUUGCCAAUCGGGCACCACCAAAGGAAGAGAAAAGAUUAGUUUCCGAAAGCAUCAGCUCCUCCGAAACAGAAGAAUUGGUGGAACAUGACGGUGGAGGUGAUCGAGCUCCUGCCGAAAGUGAAAACGGUAAUGUGAAAAAGAAGAGAAACAGAAAGAAGAAAAGAUCGAAAAAGAAAAAGACUGUGAUGUUUGCGGAGCAGCUGGAAAAUUCGACAGUAAUCGACUCACAAGCACCGCCAUCUGAAACUCGCAGCUUUGAGCCUACGGGCACGUCGUCGUCAACAAAAUCAUCAAUCCUUCUAAAUGCUGAGGAAAAAUCUCCCAUAAAUGAGGAUGAAAUCACCAAAUUGACUGGUCCUUCUAAGGUUAUACUACCUGGCUCUAAAGAAGCCUUCAGUGGCGUCUUCAAGGAACGAAAUGUGGAAGGGAGAAAGGUGUCUACCAGCACUGGCUCACUCUCUAAGACGACUUUAGCUAAAAUACUUACAACGCUUGAAAACUCAGAUGAUGAACCGAAGUUUCAACUAGACAUUAGGAAAAUGGCAGUGUUCAAGAACGACCCGAGAGUAAAUGUUAUAAUGAACUAUGAACGUGAUUGUGUGAAGAAUUCGGCUGAAGCUGUAGAUAAGGCUUUCGUCUUUCCAGAAAGUAGCGCAUUGAAGAUUGUAGGUAAUAGAAAAUGUGUGAGUAAACUUCUGAAUGCGAGAUAUAUUCAGAACUGUCCAUUACGCUAUAUUCCUAACGAAGUUCUCAUACGCAUUAUUAAACUGUUACCAAUGACGACAAUCCUUUCGCUAGCUACGACAUGUAGAGCCUUCAACGAAAUUAUCAACGAACAACGACAUGGCAUCAAAGAUGUAUACAAGAUCACUAUAGAUUUUAAUGAGUUCCGAAUAGAUCGAACGGUUUUGGCAAGUGUGAAACGAAAUUCUGAAGAUCGUCCUGGUGUUGUUGAGCGGUACUGGCAUUGCUCUCGUGUUGCUAUCGACAAUGAUCUAGACGAUGCUAUGUUUAAAUUGCGUUGCUCACCGGUUGGUGUGUCGUGGGCUGCGAAUGUUUUGGCUGCUAUGCUGGUCAAUUCUCAUACGAGUACGGUGGAAAUUGUUGGGGACCAUGGAGUUUUGUUUGACCAUGCGAUUAGUUUCUUGAGUCUUGUAAGCCGUCGUGCACCGUACCAUAUCGAUAAGCUGUCGUUCGGCCUUUCAACGAAACACGUGUCACAUAUACAUUACUGUAAAUUCUGGACCAACUUGUUACAACCUAAAUCGGUGUUUAUCUACUCAUUGGCCGGUGGAGUAAAGUUGCAGUUGAGCGACUACUACUGGCUAUUCACUCUUCAUGUGGAUAGAGUCACUUUAGUGAACUGUAUGAAUCUCGGUCAAUUCGUGCUUUAUGAAGUGAUUAAGGAAUGGUACACUGGUAAAAGAGGAUAUUUACCUUGUAUAGACAUCAUGUUCUCCAAGGAUGAAAGCAGUAGGGCACCUUUUGGAGUUGAAGGCUUGUUAAGAAAGAUCAAGUAUAAGAUACCCAGUGAAGAACGACUUAUAGUAGAAGAUUACUGGUCGGUGCAGAGGAUGCAGUAA